CUUAGCGCGAAGCGGAAAAGAUACUCAUUUUAUCUCAGGUUCUGUUGAUGCUGCAGUUUUGACGGAGGCUUCUUCCGUGUGUUUCUUCUGCUUUUUCUCCAAGGGAAAUGGCGGCCCCCGAGCAGCCAAUGCCCAUACCGAGAGGAUGCCCAAGCUCCACGUCGCUCUCCCCGCCCCGGGGCGACAGAACCCUUCUAGUGAGGCAUUUGCCGGCAGAGCUGACCGCGGAGGAAAAAGAGGACUUGCUGAAAUACUUCGGGGCGCAGUCGGUGCGCGUUCUGUCAGAUAAGGGGCGACUGAAACAUACAGCUUUUGCUACAUUCUCUAAUGAAAAAGCAGCUAUAAAGGCAUUGACAAGACUUCAUCAGCUGAAACUUUUAGGUCACACUUUAGUAGUUGAAUUUGCAAAAGAGCAAGAUCGCAUUCAUUCUCCAUGUUCCACUUCAAGCACUGAAAAAAAGAAAAGGUCUGAUGACACUGUGGAAGAUGAUAAAGAAAAGAAAGAAUUUGGUUGUUUAACAAUAGAAAAUGGAAUUGCACCAAACCACGGGUUGACUUUUCCUCUGAAUUCAUGCCUCAAGUAUAUGUACCCGCCACCUUCAAGCACAAUCUUAGCAAACAUAGUAAAUGCUUUAGCAAGUGUACCUAAGUUCUAUGUACAGGUACUUCAUCUUAUGAAUAAAAUGAAUUUGCCUACACCUUUUGGACCAAUUACUGCACGACCUCCCAUGUAUGAAGACUAUAUGCCAUUGCAUGCACCUCUCCCACCUACAUCUCCUCGGCCACCUGAGGACCCUCCUUUGCCAGAUGAGGAUGAGGAGUUAUCUAGUAAAGAAUCAGAAUAUGAAAGCAGUGAUGAUGAGGACCGACAGAGAAUGACCAAACUAAUGGAACUAGCAAAUUUUCAGCCCAAAAGACCAAAGAUGGUAAAACAGCGCCAUGUGAGAAAAAAGCGAAAAAUAAAGGAUAUGUUGAAUACACCCUCAUCUUCUUCACACAGCAAUGUACAUCCUGUGCUGUUACCUUCGGAUGUAUUUGACCAACCACAACCUGUAGGUAAUAAAAGAAUUGAAUUCCACAUAUCCACGGACCUGCCAGCUGCAUUGAAGAAAGAUUUAGAGAAAGAACAGAAUUGUGAAGAAAAAAAUUCUGAAUUACCUGCUACUGAAGUUGAUGCAUCCAGUAUAGGAUUUGGGAAAAUCUUCCCCAAACCUAAUCUGAACAUCACAGAAGAAACUAAAGAAGACUCUGAUGAAAUGCCCUCAGAAUGUAUUUCUAGAAGGGAGUUGGAAAAGGGCAGAAUUUCCAAAGAAGAAAUGGAAACACUUUCAGUUUUCAGAAGUUAUGAACCUGGCGAACCAAACUGUAGAAUAUAUGUAAAGAAUUUAGCUAAACAUGUUCAAGAAAAGGAUCUUAAAUUUAUUUUUGGGCGCUUUGUUGACUUUUCAUCAGAGACACAACGAAUCAUGUUUGAUAUACGCCUGAUGAAAGAAGGUCGCAUGAAAGGACAAGCUUUCAUUGGACUUCCAAAUGAAAAAGCAGCAGCAAAAGCCUUAAAGGAAGCAAAUGGAUAUGUUCUUUUUGGAAAACCCAUGGUGGUUCAGUUUGCUCGAUCUGCUAGACCCAAACAAGAUGCAAAAGAAGGGAAAAGAAAGUGUUAAAUAUUAACAAAGAAGCAUUCCUGCGUAAAUACUGCUGUAAUACUGUCAUGCAAAGUGUAUCCUUUCUUGUUGUAUCCUUUUUGGGGCAGUGUUUUUUGGUUUUUUCCUAAAGAUAUUUUUUCCCUUUCCUAUCCACUGAUCCAGAUUAAGUAGUCAUUUUUCUAUACUUUUAUUCAAGUGAACUAUUUCUAAAAUUAUUUCUAUAGCUUGAGCAGGUUUGUUGUUGAAUUUUCUAUGCUUUCAUUUACGCGUUGUAUAGUUUUGCCAAGGAAAGUUAGUGAAUCAGGUCAACUUAGAGAAUGUAUGCAUUUGUUUUAACAGAGAAUGUGGUCUUUCUUCUAUUUAUGUAUUUCCUAAAUCUAAUUCAGUAACAUGCUUUUUAUUUUAUGAUACACCUGGUUUAGGUGUUCUGUAUAACAUGCUCUCCAAUUUGAAUGGGAAUUUUUUUUAAUGUACAUAUAUUGAAAUAACUGGAUUUCUGUAUAAAUGCCAAAUAGGCGUAGCACACCUCACAUAUGAAGUCUUUGAAAUCUUUUUUGACAGAGAGCAGUAGAAGUUUCUUCUCCCUGUUUCUUUUCCUAAACAAACAAAAAAUAAUAAUAAGGAAAGAGAAAAAACAUAAUGUUGACUUAGGGUAGUUCAGUAAGUGAAAAGAAAUGAUCCUGGUAGAAAUGUAAGAACAUAGAUUUCCAGACCAGUUGGUGUCCAAAAUCCACUGGAACACAGUGGUUCUCAAAUUUGGCUGCACAUUGGAACACCGUGGGAACUUUAAAAAAAAUUAUAUAUUUAUAUUUAUAUAUAUGUGUAUAUAUAUAUAUACACAUCUUUAAAAAGGGGGAAAAAUAACCUUAAAUAUAUAUUGAUAUCUAGUUCCUUCCCUCCCACAGAGUUUAGAUUUAAUUGGUUUGGGGCGUACCAUGGGCGUUGAAAUUUUUCAAGCCUUUCUAAUGUGCAGUCAAAGUGGAAAGCCACCAAAGAAGGGUUUUUAUGCAUAAAGAUUCCUAGACUAUGUGAAACAACACUGAUGAAUUAGAACCUCUGAGAAUGAGGUCCAAUAACCAAAUUUGAAAAGGUUUCCUUAGUAAUUUUAAGGACUGUCCUAUUGGGAUACUACUUUAUUAGAGUAAAUGGUUGGCCACCUAUUACCACCUUUGUCAUCCAACCUUUUAUAAACAGGAAAAUAAAGGGGUAGAAUCUCUGCAUCUCUUUGUGGGAAACUUUGCUAUUAUACAUACUAUGAAAACUACUCAAAAUUUUGUUAAGAACCAUUAUAACCCUAAGAGUUCAAAAAGUUCAUAUAUAACUGAAAUUACAAUUUUUUUGAUAUGCACAAUUAAAAUGCUUUGUUUUCUAAUGUUAUAAAUCAGUUUCUGGGAAACAUGUUUAUUUGCAUAAAAAUUUUGUUGUACUGACAUGAUUCACUAAUUUUCUAAGUAAAAAUGUUUUAGCUUUUAGUUAUUUUUGAACUAAUAGAUUAUUUUAUAAUCAUGAUUAUUUUUAAUGUGCUUUUCUGAUAUUUUAGGUUCCUUUUGAAUUCCAUAUCUUUCAAGUGCUUUCCAACUUUGAUGAGAAGAAAUUGACCAUCUGGCUAUGGAACUGCAUUGAACUCAGGGGCACUCACUGUAAGGCACAUCCCCAGUCCUAUUUUGUAUUUUAUUUAUAGAGGCAGGGUCUCACUGAGUUUUUCUUAGUACCUCGCUUUUGCUGAGGCCGGCUUUGAACUUGUGAUCCUGUGCUUCAGCCUCCUGAGCUGCUGGGAUUACAGGCAUGUGCUACCACGUCCAGCUCAGUUUUUCUUUUUAAGAAACUAAAAAUGGAAGACUAAAUUAAACCCCCAGAGCAAGUAGAAGGAAAAAAAAAAAUUAAAACGAAACUUGAAUCAGUAAACUUAAGCAUGAAACAGAAAGAGAAAAUAAAUUGUGCAAAUAAUAGCUAAUUCCAGUAAAUGACCAGAGAAAUUGAAAUAGUUAUUGCCAGGCUACCAAGAAAAGAUGAAUGACAAAUGUCGAGAGUAAAAGGUUAUCAUUGAUGAGGGCUAUCAUUAAAUCCCCAAAUUCUAAGAAGGUACAAAUGGAAUAUUUUGAACAAUUUAUCUCCACAAAUUUGAUGAAAAGAACAAUUUCAUGAAGAUCACAAACUGCUGCCUAUUUAAAAAGUAGGUUAUCUGAAUCCUAUAUAUGUUUAAGAAAUUUACUUAGUAGAUAAGUUUUCACAUAAGGAAAACUCAAUAGUUUUCCCAUAUUGUUUCACUGGUGAAUUCUGCCAAACAAUAAAGGAAGAAAGUACAGUACGAAUCCAGCAUAUAAGACCAUUCAAGAAAACUACAAAUUACUACUUUUCAUGAAUAUGAAAAAAUCAUUUUGUCAAGUGUGAUUUAUUUUGGGAAAUACUGACUAUUUGAGCCUUUGAAAAUCAUUGUAAUCAAGUAUAACAAUAAAGAAAAAGCAUGUGAUCAUCUUAAUUAGUGAAGAAGAGAUGGUAUUUGACAAGAUUAAAUAUCUACUUAUAACAAAAACUCAGGAAACCAGGAAUGAUACAGACCCUUAAACUACCAGUGUCUAUAGAACCUAUCUUCAUUUUGAUGGUGAAAUAUUGAAUAAUGAAAGUCUUUCUCCUAAAGUUGUAAACAAGGAAAGGAGGUACAAACUCUAGAUUCCUGUUCAGCCUCUCACUAGCAGUAUGGCCAGUGAAAUGAAAAAAGAAGAAAGUAUAAAAAUUAAGAAUGAAAUAAAGUUGUUCUUAGAGAUGGCAUGAUUUGGAUGUAGCAAAUACCUAAAAAUUAGCAAAAUGGCUCCUACAAACAAUAAGUGAGUUAAGGUGUAUGUGAACAAUCAAUUGUACUGUAUAUUUUCAGUAAACAACCAGAAAUUUAAUUUCCUUUUCAAUAUUACUUCUCAUGAUGCCAAAUCUAAGAAAGAAUUGGGUGUAUAUCACUGAAAUAUGUGCUAGGCCUGAAUGUUGGAAAAUCCUUGCCAAUUUUUUAUGGAAAGAUGUAUACCCUAGCUGGGUAAGAAGAUUUGUUAAGAUGUCCACUCUUCCCCCACUUGGUUCAUUCUCUUUAAAAAAAUCCCUGCAGAAUAUUUUGUUGAUGUUGCCAGGUUAACUCAGAUUUGGUUGGUUUAAAGCAACAGAACUAGCAGAACCACCAGGUUUGAAAACACAGACAAAACCGGAUGGCUUAUAUUACAAAUCCAAAACUUAUUUUAAAGAUACUCAAGAUAGUGUGGUAUUGACAAAAUAAAAGACACAUAAAUCAUUGAAACAAAAGAUCAGCAAUGGGCUCACACACGGCCAAUUAAAUUUUGACAAAGGGAGAAACCAAUUCAGUGGAGAAAAGAUAGUUCUUUUCAAUAUUUAAGAGAAAAAUCUAACACCUGUAUGAAAUAAUAAGGAAGACCUCAACACAUUUCUCUCACUUUAGGUCUAUGGAUCAUAGACCUAAAUGUAAAAUGUAAACUCUGAAGUCCCUGUGACCAUAGUUCAGCAAGGAAUUCUUACAUACAACACCAAAUAUUGGAUCAGUUAUUUUUAAAUGACAAAAGAUACAGAGGAUUUCAUCAAAUAAAAAUAGUUUGCUUUUCAAAAGACAAUAAAAUUUUAAAAAGCCAGAGCUUAGAGACUGGGGUUGUGAGGCGCUGGGUUUGAUCCUCAGCAUCAUAUAUGAAUAAAUAGAAAGUAAAGGUAUUGUAUCCAUCUACAAGUAUAUAUAUAUGUGUGUGUGUGUGUGUGUGUGUGUUUAUAUAUAUAUAUAUAUAUAUAAAAACACACAUAUAACGUUUUUUUAAAAAGUCAGGGCCUGGGAGAAAAUGUUUACAAACCAUGUAUUUGAUGAAGAUUAUAUCCAGAAUAUAAAAAGAAAUCUCAAAACUAAUAAGAUAUCUCACACACAUCCUCAAAAUGGUCAAUGGGCUGGAACUGUGGCUCAGUGGUUGAGUGCUUGCCUAGCAAGUGUGAGGCACUGGAUUCAAUCCUUGGCACCACAUAAAAAUAAAUAAAGGUAUUUUUAAAAAAUGGGCAAUUAAUUUGAACAGGCACUUCGCCCACGAUUUACAAAUGGCAAAUAAUUAUGUGAAACAUUACUCAACAUCAUUCGACUAUAAAUGAAUGUAAAAUAUAGCUACAAUAACACCAACACACUUAGAAUAGCCUGAAAAAUUCUAAUAAUAGCAAGAAUUAUCAAGAAUGUAGUACAACUAUAACUACAUAGCUUGUAGUCAUGCAAAAUGGAUAGAUAGCCACAUUGCAAAACACUUUGAGGGGCAGUUUCUUACAAAGUUAAACAUCAAUGUGACUCAAUUAGAGAAGUAUCCAAGAAAAGCUGCUCACACAAAAAUGUGAGUGCAGUGCUUUUAUUCAUCUAUUCAUCUUUCACAAUGGAAACCCAGGUAUUUUUCAACUAUUGUAGUACAUCUGUAUAAAGUACUGAUGACUGCUAUGUGAAACAAUAUGACUUUAUCUUAAAUACAUCGUGCUAAGAAGCCAGAGUCAAAAAAGUUACAUACUGUGACAACAUUUUCAUGAAAUUUUGUAAAGGUAACUUGUAUGACAGAGAAAAUAACUGGUUGCCAAAAGUCAGAUGUGAAUGAGUAAGCUGAAUGACUACAGAGGGUCAAGAGAAUUUGGUGGCAUAAUAGAAACAUUCUGAUUGUGGUUAUUGCUAUUCACUGUAUCUAAAACUUGUGGAUCUGUAUACAUUGCACAAAGAAUUUCACUCUAUAGAAAAAAUAAAACUGCAUUUGAUGAAAAGAAGUCCUGCCCCUUUAUCACUGCUUGAUAUAAGUAGGAUAGAACUUCUGUUAAAAUUUAAGCUCUGAUCCACUUUGUUAUCUUUGGCAUGAAAUAUGCUAUUAUUUAAUAUUAAACAUGCUAUUUUCACCUUUAAAACUAUGAAAGAAUUUCUUUUUUCAAGUGAAUGAGUUCAAGGGUUUUUUAAUUUAAUUUAUGAUCAGUUUCAAAUGUAAACAAUGUCUUUAGCUUUGCUAAAGGAGAUGGUAUUCAUUGAUUUUUAUUUCUAUAAACCCACCAACCAAUAUUUAAAGUGUUUAAUAGUGCAUUACUCUAUCUCUGUGUAGAAAGGAACAUUUUACUAUCUCUGGAGGCAGAAUUGUAAUUUAAAAACUAAUUCUUGAGUUCAAUAAGUUAUCUCACCUUUCUGACUCUUGGCUUUCACAUUUAUAAUUUGGGUAUAAUUAAACCAACCCAGCAGUAUUGUUUAGGAGGCAAAUACAUGCCCACAGAUAUAAAAAGCGUCUGUUACUACUCCAGAUACAUAUGAGGUGACCUCUAUAUUAAAAUGUAUGUAUUUGUGUUUGUGACAUAUUUUACAAAGUACCUUCAUACAUAAAAUCUUCAUGCCAUUCCUAAGAGAUGGGCAGCCUUACAUCCCCCUUUAGAUUCAGCAAACAUAAAGUUUGUCUAAUACUAAGGAAAGGAUUUAACAAAGAAUCAAAUUUCUUACUGUUGAUCCAGUGCCUCAAAACAGAUACGGCUUUUUUUUUUUUUUAAGAGAGAGAAUUUUUUAAUAUUUAUUUUUUAGUUUUCGGCAGUCACAACAUAUUUUCAUGUGGUGCUGAGGGUCGAACCCAGCAUUCUGCGCAUGCCAGGCGAGCACAUUACCGCUUGAGCCACAUCCCCAGCCCACAGAUAAGGCUUUUGAGAGCACUUUGUGCCAACCUAAGCUUUGUAAGGGUUCAAUAUCUUUGGCCUUGCAUUCCUAAAUUAUCCUAUUUUGAAACAGAACUGACAGAUCUUACCUCAGAUAGAGGUGUUUUACUUUUAAAAGAGGUGAGUAGUUAAGUGAUAAGAAAAAUAUAGAAGUAAUCUUUAUGAGCUUCAUAAUCACUGCCCUAAAAUAUAAUUGGUAAAUAUAAUCACAGUAUAAAUGGGGCAAGACUUAAUUGAAACAGUGACAUUAAGCUUCUUUAAGUUACUGUGAAUUUAUAGUAUUAUUGAUUAAAUACUGAUCAUUACUAGUGUAAUCAGAAUUUAGACAUCUCCUUUUGCUGUUAAGCAAAUCUCUUAACAUUGUAAAAUUUUUAAAUUUUGUAUGUUUAAUACUGAUUCAUUAAGAAUCAUGGCAUAAGUUAGAUUUUAAUACACAAAAUAUAAAGCCUACAGAAAUGUAUUAAAAGCAUCGUGGUAUAUGUAACAGCAAGAUUUAGAUUUGUCUAGACAACUUGGAUUUGUCAAGUUUUUUUAAUGUGCAGGAACACUUUGACAAUGUAGUGUGAAUUGAUUAACUUUUCUCUAAAAGCCAUAACACUAGACAAGAUAAAUAUUAUGUAAUCAGAUGUUAGACGUUUUUACUUUUUGCUUUUAAAUCUCUUUAUGUAAGACAGAUUUUAAUUAUUUUUAUAUUGACUAUUAAGGAAUUAUGGCAUGGAUAAGAUUUUAAUACCCAAUUCAAUGAAAUUUGAAUAAAGGUAAUAAAUUGAGAAAUAUUAUCAAUACAAUGCUGCCAUAACAUAAAAGAACAGAUACAGUUUGGAUCUCUUGUCUAGAACUGCUCUCCAGGUUAACCUGCAGCCCUUCUGCCUCACACAGUGAAACUGUUUUGAUGUGAAGACUAUAAACUUAUGGUGACUAUACCCAUAAAUGUAGCAGAUGCUUUAGGAAACAUUUAGAAAACAGCCUUGUUAGUGCAGUAUUAUGAUCCCAGUUGGGGGGAGUUGUGAAACAGCCAUAAAUUUGAUUUAGUAGGAAGAUCCUGGGAAUAAGAGAACCAAAGUCUGAGAUAAGGUUUGCAAACAUUCUCAAGAAAAUUGUUGUAUUCCAAUAGGAUUGAAAGAGAUCAUUAGAAAGUAAACCCAAAGCAGACUUGAAUACUCCUAGAACUUUGUGUUCUCCUCCCAAAUACAGAUGUUCAAAUAAACAAAUAUGACAUACUAACAAUUGUUAACUAGCUCCAACUGGGUCCAGAUAAAGAUGAUGAAUAUGUUCUAAGAAUUAAAAUAAACAUUGUCUGAAGAAUCAAAUGAAAUAUGAUGAUAAUGACUCAACACAGUAAAUCUCAGCUAAGAAGUUGAAACAGUAAAAAAGAACCAAAUAGAAAAAUGACAUCAGCAAGAUGGCAAAAUAGCUAAGUCCUAGGCCCUCACAUGGUCCAUACAGAAAAUCAACAAAAUACUUAUGGGAGAUACCUAGAAACUGGUUAAAAGGUCUGAGUCUCAAACAAGCACAAAACCAAUUGCAUAAAAGCUGUAUAGGAAAUUCAGUAUUCUGUCCAUUCACCAGAACCAUACCACUCUUCCAAUCCAUGUGGGAGGCUUAUUUAGGAGGAAUCCUGCAACUUCCUGUUUCUCUAUAGGAAGGAAAACCAGUAGAACAUACAGCCAACUGAAUUGGAGGAGGCUGCCUAAAGGACUUUUUUCUGUCUUGUCUGUAUCCACUGAAUGACAGAACAAAUUACCAGGUGGGGGGUAUUGAAUAAUUAGACUUAGAGGAAACACAGUUGAGUCUGCAAAUCCUGGGGUAGACUGUAGAUGGCUCACAAGGUCCAUGAUUUAAGGCAACAUCAAGAAGAAAAGGAGAAAACUUCAAGGAGAUUACAUGCAAAAGCUCAGGAGGGACUCAUACUCAGAACUAUGGUUUGAGAGACACUGUAGCCAGACUAUGAAAUCUCUGUGAAACUAAAUUGUAAAAUAUGGGUGUGUCAGCUGAUUAAUGAAAUGACAAAAGAAGGAAAACAAAAUGGAGAAAAGGAAAUUAUACAAAGAAACAGGUGAUCAAGACACAUUUAAAGGAACUAAUUAAAUUUCCAUGAACCAAACACUAAAAAUUGGAUAAAUAGACAAAGAAUUAAAAAUUACUGUCAUAAGAUGCACAAUGAAUUAAGAGAACUUGGUUAAUAGUUAAUUAAAUAAAACAAAAAUGCAUGGACAAAACAAGAAUACCAACAGAAGAGAGAGGAAUUAUGAGAGGGAGCCAAACAGAUAUUAUGUAGCUGCAGAACACAAUAAGUACUAAAACUCGAGAGGGACUCAAUAGCAGACCUUACCAGACAAGAAGAGACUUGAAAGGACUUACGGUAUACCAUUAAAUGGAACAGCAUUCAUAUUAUGGAACUCCAGUGGGAAGGUAUGUGACAGAAAACCUAUUUAAAGAACUAAUAAGUGAAAAUAUCCCAAAUAUCAGAAAAGAGAUGGGCAUUCAAAUUCAAGAAGCUCAAAGAACUCCAAAAGUAUACAUAUAAAGAACCUACACUGAGACACAUUAUAAACAAACUGUCAAAAUAGAAUCUUAACAUCAAAAUAAAAUUCCCAUGUAAAAGGGAGCUGUUAUAUUACCACUAGAUUUAUUUUAGCAGAAACCUCACAGGCUGGAUGAUAGUGGGAUUAUAAAUUCAAUGUACCCAUAAGAAAAAUAUUGUCACACCAAGAAUAAUAUAUCUAACAAAGCUGUCUUUCAAAAAUGAAUGAAAAAUUCAGACUCUCCUAUAUAAACGAGAUAAGAAAGUUCAUCACAACUAGUUAUGCUCUACAAGAAAUAUUCAAGAGUCUGAUAAGUUGAAAUGAAGAAGAACAAAUAAUGCAAAAUCACACAAAAAUGUAAAAUCCCUGGUAAAGAUACACAUACAGAGAAUACAGAAGCCUUUGGUAUUAUAAUGUAAGUGAACAAAUCACUUAUAAAUCUGGUAUAACAUUCUUUAAAGCAUGAAACAUGGUAUAAACCAAAUAGUGUUUUAUAUACAAAUGAAAUUAAUUUUUAUCAGUUAAAAAUAGAUUGUUAUAUCUUUACUUAUUUUUAUUUAGUAUUUGUAGUACUGGGAAUAUAACCCAGGUCCUCAUGACACCCCAAGCCCUUAGAUUAUUAUAAGUGCAAUGGUAACCAUUGUAAUAUGCAAACUGGCAAAUAAGAAAUAAAACAUGCCACUGCCAAAAAAAAAAAAAA